AUGUCCAAUGCAACUGUGAAUAUAACUAUUAGUGCUAAUGAUGCAUUUUACAUUUCACUUAUUAAUCUUCUGAACAAAACCAUUUCAGAAGUCGUUUUUGCUUUUAUUCUCGUUCUCGGAAACGUCGGCUCUAUUCUCAUGUGUUUCGUUUUCACUCAACCGACUUACCGCAGUAGUCCUUGCGCAAUGUACUUCCUCGCUGCAAGCAUUUCACAGUUUUUCACUUAUAAUUUUGCCUUAUUCACCCGUUUGCUGCAUUUUGGAUUUGCUGUGCUCACUCUCAAUUAUGAUCUUUGGUAUUGUAAAAUUCGUUUCUAUCUCUUUUACAUAUUCGUAGCUGUUCCUCGUUAUUACAUUAUCUUGGCAUCGAUUGAUCGCUACUUUGCCAGCUCACGGAACCCACUUCGACGACAAUGGAGUUCGCUUAGAAUCGCCUUUCAACUGAUUAUCGCUAAUAUUAUAUUCUGGUCUCUCAUUUACAUUCAAAUCAUCAUUUUCUAUGAAAACGGAAAUGGCACAUGUACGUUCCGAUCCGGUAGUUAUGGAAUGUUCUUUAGUAUCUAUAUUGCCGUUGAUAGUGGUAUUCUUCCUUUGCUGUUGAUGCUCAUCUUUGGUUUGUUAACAGUGCGAAAUAUUCAUCAAGCGAAAAUGCGAGUUGUUGGAGGUAGAACACAAGGAACAGGAAUGUCAAGGAAAGAUAUGCAACUGCAUCGAAUGCUGGCAAAUCAAUUAAUUCUGUUUAUUAUUCUAAAUAUGCCGAAUCCAAUUUAUUUAGUGUAUAGUUCAUACACAAUCGACAUGUCCAAGUCAGCACUUCAGAAUACGGCAGAAUCGUUUGUUAGUAAUAUGACGUAUGUUUUGAUUUAUCUUGGAUUUUCGUUGACAUUCGCGAAUUUCACGAUCACAUCAGAUAUAUUUCGACGUGAACUUAUUCAGCUGUUUCAAUCAAAAAUACUUCGUCAAACUUCAAUGACACGAACAACAGGAAGUGGAACUCAAGUCAGAGCAUUUAACCGAAAUGACGGUGAAAAUUGA